AUGUCAUUAAAAGAUAGUUAUUUGGUCAAUGAUUUAAAUUUGGAGAAUCCAAAUAAAAUGAAUAUUAUUAGCAAAUCUUAUGAAAAAUGUAAUAUUGACGUGAACAAAGAGUUUAAUUGCAAAAUGGAUACCCUCAUAGAAUUUGCCGAUAACGCAAAAAAUACAAUUUGCUUUAUACAAUCGCAGAACAAGACAAAAAAUAAGGAAGUCGAAAACGAGUACCUUUUUUUAAAAAAAGUGGGAGAUGUUUGUAAAAAGAGUUGUGACUAUUAUUUUGAUACAAAUGUGAAUUUUCAUGAGUCAUGUGAAAAUUUUAAUGUUCUUUUUAAAUUAUUUCAUAAUUCUCUAGUAAAUAUAAAAAAUAAAAAUGAGGAAGCAGAUGAAAUUGGGAAGGUUUUAAAAAGCAUAGAAGAAAAAGAAUAUUCAGAAAUGAAGGAAAAUGAAGAAAAAAAUGUAGAACUAAAAGGAGAAUUGAAAACAAUCGAAAAUAAUAUCCAUUUUAUGAACAAUGAAUCUGUUAGCAUAUCUAAUAAAAUAAAAGAAAUAGAUUAUCAAAUUAAUCAGCAUAAAGAAGCAUUGGAAUCAUUUCAGAUUUUGACCCAUUUAAAUUCUGAAAAAAUUAUAAUUUUACAAAACGAUUACAAAAUGUUGUGUAAUGAAAAGGAAAGAAUAAUAAAUGAGAUAAGCGAAGCUACAUUGAGCAUUUCCGCUUCUCGGGAAAAUUUAUCCAAUCAAACAAACGAGAUGGAAAGUAAUAAAAAGGGACUUUUACGAACCGAAAAGGAAUUGAAGUGUCAAUUGGAGAAUUUGAUGGUCAAGAAAAAUGAUAUGUUUUCAGAAAAUUUCAGAUUGGAAUCUCAAAAUAAAUUUUUAGAAAAUCAAAUAUCUUCACAGGAAUAUUAUUUAAAUGUGAUAAAUUUUGGAUUACAGGGGACAAUAAAGAGAAGAACAGAACUAGAGGAUUCAUUAGUUGAUUCAAAAAAAAAAAUCGAAAAUGUAACACAAAUAAUAGAAAAAACAAAAGAUGAUAAAGAAGAAGAAGAAAAAAAAUUAAUAGAUUUAGAAAAUAAUUUAAUAGAAUUAGAAAAAAAAUAUUUAUUAAAAGAAGAAGAGGUUCUAAAGACCAUAAGUGAAGAAAAUAUUUUAAAGGGUAAAAUAGAAGAUGAAAAAAAAAAAAUUAAUCAAAAUAUUGUGAACGAUUUUAUAAAGGAAAAAGAUUUCCUAGAUGAAGAAAUAAAUAAUUAUAAAAAUGAAAUUAAUAAAUUAGUAUUAAAUGAAAAAAGAAAAAUGAAAGGAAAUAUAUUAAACGAAAUACAUUGUAUAGAUGAUGUAGACAUCUCUAAAAUUGACGAUCAAGAAAAAUGUUCAAUUAAAAUAAACGGAGUUUAUGAUACGAAUGAAAUUAUUGUAAAUAAAUUAGGAUUGAUUCUUGAAAAUUUAAGAAAAAAUAUUAUAAAUGAACAAGAAUCUAUAUGGAAAAUAGAACGAACAGUUCAACAUACAACUAUGCAAAUAAACGAAUUACAAGGGAAAAUAAAUGACAAAGAAAAGGAGAAAGAUGAAAUGGAUAAUAUAAUUCAAUUAAAAAAUAAUGAAUUAAUAAGUAUUCAAGAUAAAAAAAAGGAAUAUGAACACAAUUUAUUAGUUAUAAGCAAAGGAACUAAAGAAUUAGAAGAAAAUUAUAAUAAACAAUAUAAUAAUACAAUUAAUAUAAAAAAUAAAUUAAAAGAAAAAGAAAAAAACAUGGAAAUAAAGAUUGCGGAAUUGAAUAAAGAAUAUGAUGAAAAAACAAAAAAUUUAUAUAAUUCUAAAAAUAAUCAAAUUGAUAUUAAUUCUACUGAAAAAAAAAAAAUGAAAGAAGAUGUAGACAUGUAUUCAAAAAAUAUAAUAUCUGAAUAUGAAUUAAAAAAAGUAGAAUUUGAAAAAAAUGAAAGAAUAAAAUAUGCUGAUCAAUAUAAAGAAUUGGAUAUUGAAUUAAAAAAAGAGGAAAAUUUAUUAAAUUAUUAUAAAGAAUUGUUAGAAAAACAAGAAUAUAAAGCUUUAGAAAAUACUAGUAUUGAAAUUGAAAAAUAUGACCAAAUAAAAGGAAGUGAUGGUGUAAAUAAUAUAAUGACAAAACAUGGUAAUAAUUCUAAAAUAAUAGAUAAUAGAAAUAUGCAUCAAAAAAAUGAUGCUUAUAUAAAUAAGUAUAAAUUGUACAAUAUGCCUGAUCAAUAUAAAUUUGGUUAUUUUGAUGCAACAUCACCUAAUGUUGUCAGAAAAAGUAUGAAACUUCCUACCCGUUCAGUAAAAUCCCCUCAUAUAGCUAGAUUAUUAGAAAAAAUAAAAAGUCGAAAAGAAUGUCAAACGCUAGUUGGAACGAAAAAAGCUCCGAUUAAUCAGGUCACUAGUAAUGCAUAUAGAAGAAGUAGAAGUAGUAUUGGAAAUUCGAACAAUAAAAAAGUAAGCAACAAUACAAACAUUUCGAAUUUGGAAGUUCAAAGGAAUGGAAAUACUAAUGGGCGUAAUAGAGCGAGCAGUGGAAAUAGAAAUAGUAAUAGUAACUCGUUUGAUUUGUUUCAACAUUUGUAA